UGAUUAUUGUGAUUUGCCACCAAAAGAAUCUCCAACACUAAUCUCCAACUCACAUUUUUCUGUUUCAGUAAUCGAUCACUGAAACACUCUCAGAUUAAAAUCGGAGCUAAGCAACGAUGGUCGCCGGAGAGAGGUGGUGCGUGGUGACCGGCGGGAGAGGCUUCGCGGCGAGGCACCUGGUGGUCAUGCUCCUCAAUCGCGGCGUUUAUUCCGUGCGCAUUUCCGAUUUGGGGGCUUCCAUCGCGCUCGACGCCGACGAGGAGAGCGGCGUCCUCGGAAGCGCUCUCAGCUCCGGCCGCGCGCACUACGUCGCCGCAGAUCUCCGCGACAAAUCUCAAGUGCUCGCAGCUUUCGAUGGAGCUGAGGUUGUGUUUCACAUGGCUGCUCCCGAUUCAUCGAUCAAUAACUAUCAGCUGCAGUAUUCUGUCAAUGUACAAGGAACGCAGAACGUGAUUGAUGCAUGUAUUGAGCAGAAAGUGAAACGACUUAUAUAUACAAGCUCCCCAAGCGUAGUUUUCGAUGGAGUUCACGAAAUAAUUAAUGGAGAUGAAUCAUUACCUUAUCCUUCGAAGCACAAUGAUUCGUACUCAGCCACAAAAGCUGAAGGAGAGCGCCUGGUUUUGAAGGCAAAUGGGAUGAGUGGACUACUAACGUGCUGCAUUCGACCAAGCAGCAUCUUUGGCCCUGGUGAUAAGUUGCUUGUUCCAUCUUUAAUUGCUGCAGCAAGGGCUGGAAAAUCUAAGUUCAUCAUCGGAGAUGGAAGAAACAUAUAUGAUUUCACUUAUGUUGAGAAUGUGGCACACGCUCACGUUUGUGCUGAACAAGCUUUGGCAUCGGAAAAGAGUAUAGCAGAAAAAGCUGGUGGACAGGCGUACUUCAUUACUAAUAUGGAACGAAUUAAAUUUUGGGCAUUCAUGUCUUUCAUCCUUGAAGGUUUAGGUUAUGACAGGCCAAACAUUAAGGUUCCAGCAGCUGUUGUGAUGCCCAUUGGACAUAUGGUGGAGUUAAUUUAUAAAAUCUUAGCCCCUUAUGGGAUGAAGGUUCCACAGUUGACACCAUCAAGAAUCAGGCUCUUAUCCCGCAGCAGAACUUUUGAUUGUACAAAAGCAAAUGAUCUUCUUGGCUAUAUGCCUAUUGUAACUCUCCAGGAGGGACUCAGAAGAACAAUUGAAGCAUACCCGCACUUGAGGGCCAAUGCUAAAACAAAAACGGAUGGAACAUCGAAAGGUAGUAACAAGCAAAUUCUCGCAGUAGUGCUGAUCAUAGCUGCAUAUUACUUCUUCUUUGUAUGGGGCAAAGCAUCCAACAAAACGCCGGCUCACUUCUGAUGUUCGAACGUGAUGCAAUAGUGAGUGUCGAAGAAAAUUGUUGGAUGAAAUAUUCAUUGCUUGGGAGCUUCCUUUUUUUGUUUCUUGUGUUUAUUUGCUUCCUAGUUAACUUGAAAAGUUGUUAACCCUAAAUAGUACUCCCUCCGUCCCAAUAAAUAUGAAACGUUUGCUUUUCGGCACAGUA